AUGAUAAAUUCAUCAUUUGUGAUGCUCAAGCAGGCUCCGCGUCAAUGGUUUCGCAAAUUGACUUCCUUCCUCCUCGACUUUGGCUUUCAAUUUAGCAAAGCGGAUCCGUCUAUGCUGCACUAUAACAAAAAUGGGGCUCAAUUAUAUCUACUGGCUUACGUUGAUGACAUACUUCUCUCGGGCAAUCAACCAGACAUCACACAACACCUUCUGUCUCAGCUCAAACAGAGAUUCUCAUUAAAACAUAUGUCACAAGUUGAUCUCUUUCUUGGAAUUCAGGUUCUACACACCAACACCGGGCUGUUUCUUCAUCAGACCCAUUACGCAAGAGAUCUACUGCAUUCCGCUGGAAUGGAAUCCUCCAAAUCGGUGAACACCCCUAUCUCCCCAAGAGACUCCAAGCUUUCUUCGGACAAUGACCUGUUCGACAAUGUCACUCUCUACCGGCAGCUCGCAGGGUCUCUCCAGUACCUCACGGUGACCAGACCCGACAUAGCCUAUGCUACAAAUGUUGUAUGCCAACAUAUGCACUCUCCGACCAACACAGACUUCAAACGUCUGAAACGUCUUCUGCGCUACGUUAAAGGCACUCAAAACUAUGGCAUACCACUUACUUCAGGACCACUGGUGCUUACUACCUUCUCCGACGCCGACUAG